AAAAUAAUAAUUAAAAAAAUGAAAAAGAAAGCAGCGAGCAGGGCCAUUGCACGUGGUACCACCUUAUAAAGACAAUACCCAGCUCUCCAUUUUCUCUCUUUACGUCUCUCUAUUUUCUCUCUCUGAAUCAACAUCCCCAUCUCUCUCUAUCCGUUUCAUUUAUUCAUGAAUAUAAAGACACAUCGUCCGUCACAACUCACAAGAAGCCCUAGUUUCUGAAAACACACACCCCUUACUCUGGUUUUUAAGGCUGUACCACACACACACAAACACACAUAUACACACACACAUAUAGAUAUAGUGAGAGAGAGAGAGGUGGUGUGCAGGAGAGAGAGAGAGAGAGAGAGCGAGCUUUGGUGUGAAUAGGAUUGCUGUAUGUCAGUAGAUUGUACUCGCUACUACUGUUACGGUGGAUUUGGUGAACUCGCUAAUCCCUUACAAUGGCCCCAACUACGCAAAAGGCGUCGCAUCGUUUUUGCAUUCACGGCGUCUCUGCUCCAGCCCGUCACGAGGCCGCCCCCGCCGUGUCGGCGGCGGCAGCGGUGGAGGUGGUGCAGGAUUGGACUGCCUCGUCCUCCGAUAAGCAGAACAAGAAAGCUGCCGUGGCGUCCUUGAUUAUUCCUGAACCUUCCACAAAUGCCACCACAGGAAUCCAGAUCAUGCAAAGGGCUCAAACCAGCCAUCCGUUGGACCCUUUAUCCGCUGCAGAGAUUGCAGUGGCUGUGGCAACUGUCAGGGCAGCUGGAGCAACGCCUGAGGUCAGAGACAGCAUGCGAUUUGUUGAAGUGGUCCUAUUGGAACCAGAAAAACAUGUUGUUGCAUUGGCAGAUGCAUAUUUUUUUCCCCCUUUCCAACCAUCAUUAGUGCCAAGAACCAAAGGUGGAGCUAUAAUUCCUAGUAAGCUCCCUCCAAGACGAGCUAGACUCGUCGUUUACAAUAAAAAUUCAAAUGAGACAAGUGUAUGGAUUGUUGAGCUGACUGAAGUACAUGCGACAACUAGAGGUGGACAUCACAAGGGAAAAGUCAUUUCAUCACAUGUUAUUCAAGAUGUUCAGCCUCCCAUGGAUGCUGUGGAAUAUGCUGAAUGUGAAGCUGUUGUGAAAGAUUAUCCUCCGUUUAGGGAGGCAAUGAAGAAGAGGGGUAUUGAGGAUAUGGAUCUUGUCAUGGUUGAUGCCUGGUGUGUUGGUUAUCACAGUGAUGCUGAUGCUCCUAGCCACAGGCUUGCCAAACCACUUAUAUUCUGUAGAACAGAAAGUGACUGUCCGAUGGAAAAUGGCUAUGCACGCCCAGUUGAAGGCAUUUAUGUGCUUGUUGACAUGCAAAAUAUGACGGUGAUCGAGUUUGAAGAUCGUAAACUGGUUCCCUUACCUCCGGCUGAUCCAUUGAGGAACUAUACUCCCGGAGAAACGAGAGGUGGGGUUGAUCGGAGUGAUGUAAAGCCCCUACAAAUUCUUCAGCCAGAGGGACCAAGCUUUCGUGUUAGUGGGAAUUAUGUGGAGUGGCAGAAGUGGAAUUUUCGUAUUGGUUUCACUCCUAGGGAGGGUUUGGUUAUACAUUCUGUUGCGUACAUAGAUGGUAAUCGGGGUCGAAGACCUGUAGCCCAUAGGCUGAGUUUUGUGGAGAUGGUUGUGCCUUAUGGAGAUCCAGAUGAACCACAUUACAGGAAGAAUGCAUUUGAUGCAGGUGAAGAUGGCCUAGGGAAAAAUGCACAUUCUCUUAAGAAGGGAUGUGAUUGUUUAGGAUAUAUCAAGUACUUUGAUGCCCAUUUUACGAAUUACACCGGGGGUGUCGAAACUACUGAGAAUUGUGUUUGUUUGCACGAAGAGGAUCAUGGAAUCCUGUGGAAGCACCAAGACUGGAGAACUGGCUUGGCUGAAGUUCGAAGGUCUAGACGGCUAACAGUUUCAUUUAUAUGUACUGUGGCUAAUUAUGAGUAUGGAUUCUACUGGUACUUCUAUCAGGAUGGCAAAAUUGAAGCUGAAGUUAAACUUACUGGAAUCCUAAGCUUAGGAGCACUGCAACCUGGAGAAUCUCGAAAGUAUGGAACAACCAUUGCACCAGGAUUAUAUGCACCAGUUCAUCAGCAUUUCUUUGUUGCUCGUAUGGAUAUGGCCGUUGAUUGUAAGCCUGGAGAAGCAUAUAAUCAGGUUGUUGAGGUUGAUGUUAAAGUUGAAGAACCGGGAAAGAAUAAUGUUCACAAUAAUGCAUUCUAUGCCGAAGAGACAUUGCUUAGGUCCGAACUACAAGCGAUGCGUGAUUGUAAUCCUUUGUCCGCUCGCCAUUGGAUUGUAAGAAACACCAGAACUGUCAAUAGGACUGGACAGCUGACAGGUUACAAGUUGGUACCUGGUUCGACCUGUCUGCCAUUAGCUGGUUCUGAGGCUAAGUUUUUGAGAAGAGCUGCUUUCUUAAAACACAAUCUUUGGGUUACACCAUAUGCACGUUAUGAGAAUUUUCCUGGAGGAGAAUUUCCUAAUCAGAAUCCACGUGUUGGUGAGGGGUUGGCAACAUGGGUUAAGCAAAACCGGUCUCUGGAAGAAACUGAUAUUGUUCUUUGGUAUGUAUUUGGAAUCACACAUGUUCCUCGACUGGAAGAUUGGCCUGUUAUGCCAGUGGAGCGCAUCGGUUUUAUGCUUCAGCCUCACGGGUUUUUUAACUGCUCUCCUGCGGUAGACGUACCACCUAGUACCGCGUGCGACUUGGAUGUCAAAGAUAGUGAUGUCAAAGAAACUGCAGUAGUAGCAAAGCCAAUUCCAACCGCGUUGAUUUCAAAGCUUUGACGAGAUGUUGAUACCCUUUAGUUAAUUGUUCAAUGUCAGUGAGGAAAAACUCUUUUCUGGUAGUUGCAUUUGCGUUUGUCUUGUAAAUCUGGGUUGAAAUGCCGAUUUGUUGAUCAACUCCUUUUAGACUCUGUUCCUUUCUCAACUUCUGCGAUCUCUUCAAGGUUUCAACUGAUGUUUAAAAACAGGGCAUGCAUUUUUUUUC